AUGACGAAUGAGGAGUACAGAGUCGCACUCGCUGCUGCGACGUUACCAAACACGCCUACCGACCGAACCGACGAGCGACACGAUGUGCCUGCGAUCACUAAAGAAGAUUGUGCCGGUUGCGAGAAGUGGCUUCGAGACAUCGGAUUUCUCUACCCAGGGAAAGACGACGAGACGUGGGAGAAAAUCAAGAGCAACUGGAUUGGAUUCAUAGCAGCGACAUGUCGAAUACCCCCGAGCAAAGUGGCGCCUCUGGCACCGAAUCGAAAGAUAGUGCGCUUUUCCUCUAGCGGUACCGUUACGAGCGAGAGUCAAGCGGAGAGAAAUCGCAGAUUCCGCCAGGAUCUUCAGCAACGCAUGAGAAUACAGGCUUCGUUCUGGAACCAUUUGGACGGGCUAGAAGGCCUGACUGAGCGGUGGCCACACAAGGUGUUCGUCAUGAUGAACAGCCAGGACAGAAGCCAGCCAGGAGCAGCUUUCGAGACAUUGGCGGCGAUUUGGGACCUUGGCAAGCGUCGUCGGUAUCAAGCGAUCUGGACGAGCCUUGUGGCCUUCCUUGUACACUCUAACGACGAAGAUACACUAGGGGAAAUGGGUCUGAAGCUGGACGACGACCAGAUCGACGAUAUACUCGAUGUUAAAGAACAGAUUACAUAUGUAGACCUUCUUGGCCUUGAACCAGGGCCAGAUGCGGUUUCUGGGGUCUGGGAUGCGGUACAACGGCUAUUAGUGAAUGCAAUGGAGGAAAAGGAAUCGACCGCUCGGAACAACCCUUUGGUAUGGUGGAUGUGUAUUUUGGUUCGUUCGGCGCUGUCCGGCGAGAUGGACUUUAUCAGCAGCGGAAAGUUUAACAGGAACCCAAUUCCGAUGGAUGUAGACAUGCGAGGACGGAUGGAGGCGAUCGUCCACUAUAGCAAGGUAUUGGCGCUAGAUGCCGCUUUCCAUUCAUGGGAUGUGCAGCAAGAAUGGGUCCACGAAGUGCAGUGCGACCUUAAUUCGGUGGAUAACACUUGGAUAGACGGCGAGAAAGGCGGUCGGCCGGCACCAUCGAUGGACAAGCGGACCUGCUCGAGCGAGGCAUGGCAGUCAGUACUGGCGCACAUCGAGUCGUGCAUCCCAGACUACGUUGGGGCCAAGGAGGGAACGGCCAUGCACAGGAUUCGGAGGUUGGAGGACGACAUGAACUCAUCGCCUGGUGCUGGACAUUAG